AUGGAGCUGAGGGGUGUGAGUGUGUGUGCAGUGCCUGGGACUGGGGCUGGGGCUCACGGCCAGGGCAGAGCACACAGGAAGGAGGAGAGAGCUUCCUGGAGGGUGGGGCCACCUGGGUCCUGCCCUACACCCGGGAGCACGGAAGACCCUGUGCCCAGAGUCGCCGCCCGCCUGCAGCAUCCCAAGGGUGCCAGAGCAGCUGCAGCCCCUGAGCAGAGGAGCCCAGGAGAAGCAAGGAGGGCUCCCAGUGGCCAGCUUUUCCUAGAAGAGCCUUGGAGUGACUGCGAUCAAGCCUUAGAUGUUGGAGUGCCGGUGGAUCCUCGUGUCGUGUCCCGACGAGACCUUCUGGGGCUGGCAGGAUCUCUCAUGUCUAGACCCAGGCCUGGUGGUUCUCUCAGGGUCUUCUUCAAAUUAUGGAAGAAGCCAGAGCAGCUCAGUGCCCGGCGUGUCUACCACCCCAGCAUGGUGCUUGUCAGCUGGGCGUUGGACAUGUGCCAGGGAGCAAGCCCACUUGGGAUGCGGAGUCUGUGGGCCGCACCCUCACGGAGCCGCAUUGUGGACCGCCCAAUGCGGGGCUUCACGUGUGACCCUGCCUGUAGUGGAAGCCACAUCUUCCCACCCUGCAGCUGGUCAGAAGACCCCCUCAGCUCCAGAGGCCUAGGAUAAGCUCUCAGUUCUACUCCUGGCUGCACCGGUGACUUGGGCUCUGCCCAUGAACAAGCCCUUCUCACCCUUGCUUAUCCUUUAGUUUCUAAGGUUCAAAAGUCUCACAGCCACCUGAGCAGAUCCUGGAACCAACCUUAACUCACGGGCUCAGGCCUCCUCCCUACAUCUGUAAAAUGAAGGCCUCGUCUGGAUGGUCUCUAAGCGCUCUCAUCCUGUGGUUCCGUGAUCUGUAACUGAUCACAGGGACCAAGCGCCUUGUGGUCUGGGAAGCACCACUGCCUGGAGUGUCCCUGGCAGUGCCAAUAUGGCAGGGCUGCAUGGGAGCACUUCCGGUCAGAAGUGCAUUUGGGACCAUGGGUUGGGAGAUCCGUGGAGCUCAUGUUUCACUAGGCUCCCUCAGUUUGCCUUUCUGAGUUGUAGGAGUCCUACUCUAGGCUGGUAGACAAAGGGCUAAGACAAGAGACACCAAGGAGAGCAUCUCCCUCUCCCUUCUCCCUGCUUCUCCCCCUCCCCCUUGCUUCCCCUCCCCCUCUUCCCCACCCCUCUCCUUCCGUCUUCCCUCUCUCCUUCCUUCCUUCUUGCCUGCCUUCCUUCCUCCCUCCCUCCUCUCCCUUUCUUCCUCCCUCCCUCCCUUCCUUCCUUCUUCCUCUUCAGCACCACUUCUGACUGCCCUCUCCCUCUCUUACCUCCUGUGCUUAUUUUCACCCAGGGUCUCUUUGAGGCCAUGGCUGCCCACUCUCCCUACGAUACCUCUUUGCUGAGUGCCUCUUUUCUGAUGGGCACAGUGGUCUUCCUGCAUACGCUCAGCUUCAUCAUCCUUUUUCUGAACUUCUGCCACCAGAUAAACUUGAGAGGCAAGCUGGAGAAGCCAGCCCAAGGGGCAGGACCCAGGAUUACAGCUUGCAGAGCUGUCCCUACAGAGUUGGGCAGAUGGCAGAACCCUGCAUUUCAUCCUAAGAAGGGAGAAGGAGGGAGGAGGAGGAGGAUGCCUCCUCUCCAGAGUUCAGGAGGAAAAACACAGACCCAGCUUCCUGGACUUAUUUCUGUUUGUGCCUUUAUCACACAAAUUUGUCUUUGUGCAUCUCUUUCUCUGGUAGAGGCAAACCUCUCAUUGGAGGGACUGUCUUAUUCCCAGUGCUCCCCACACCUGGCACAGUGUCUCAGUACACGUGCAUUUGGGUCCAAGACUUCCAGUGGGAGUGCAAGAAGUCAAGACUGGCUUGAUAUCUAACCUCACAAUGGGAAACCUGGAGACUACCCCAGAGUCACCAUGAGUCUGUUUGACUUCCCGCAAGGUUGUGUAAAUAGUUCCCCUGAAUAUCUUUUCUGUCUGCUCACUACUGCCUGCCUUUGUAUUUAUAUAGUUGAAUGCUUCUGUGUGCGUAUGGGCAGAGGGAGAAAGAAGACGAUGUGUCUGAUUGCUUAUUCUUGCAAAUACACGUGCAUGUUUCUAUUUGUGUUUCUCUCUGUGGUGUUUGCUUGUCUCUUCUGUAUAUCUCUGGAAAAUAAAAGCUACUGAGCUCAAUGAUUUGCUGAUCCUAACAGAAGACACAGAAUCACUGAAAAAUUCCUGAAUUCUGCUUGGAGCCCCCAAAGAGGGAUAGGAAAGGAGGGAAGAUGGGGUAAGAUGGGUGUGGCCAAUCUCCUCAUGGACCCUGAAGCACAGCAAAGGAGACUAUGUGGCUGAGAGCUUGCAGUCCAGCAAAACAAGCACCUGCUGAGCUGUUUUUUCCCUAGAACUGGGUGGGUUUCUGAACAGCUUGCCUGGGCGAUCUCUCUCUCUCUUUCUCUCUCUUUCUCUCUCUCUCAUUGUGCUUCUUUUUCAUAGUUUCUGCCCUUAGCUCUUUUAAAGCCCUAGGUGAUUUCUUGUUUUGCGAUGCUCGGCAGUCAGGAAGGUGAAGGCACUGUGGAGGGCUGUCCGUGCAUUUUGGGGAGUAUCUACCCACUGGGCACUCUGGAUAAUCGACUCAAGUCCAGGCACGACUGCAUCCUGCAGACAGAACCUCAGAGAAAAGUUCUUGUCAGUUGUACAGGAUGUGAGCACAUUCCACACACUUUCCAAGCACAGGUUGGGCACCUUAUGAGGACGGGGGCGGGGGGGGGCACCUAUUUUAAGACAAUUUUAUUUUAAACACAAAGGAGUAUGGUCUGUUCUGCAGUGUAGCAGCCGGGACAGGGGAAAACUUAGUCAUUCUAGAGUUCAGAGGUAAUAUCGGCCUGGUUCCACGUGGCUUCCUCUGCUUGGCUGAGCAGCGUAGGGGAAGGGGUAAACCUCGAGACACAUCUGAAUGAGCUGGGACUUGGGCUGGGGACAGCCUGCUGUGCGGCUUGUCAGCGAGGUGCUUUGGGGAAGUUCCACAUUGCCACGACUUCUGAGUCAAAGGCUCUUUGUAAAUGUUGCUUCUCAGUGCAGAGUGAAAAAUCAUAACAUGGCCAAACUCCUCACUAGUGCUGUCACAGUUCACCCGGAUGAACUGUUGAAGAUCCUGGAAAGGAGGGCUGACCAUAUAGCACAGCGAGGCCAAGCCCUGGUCUAGACAGUGCCCGUUUCUCACGACAGGGAGGGCAGCCAAGGGAAGCUGCCAUUGGCAGAAGGGAGGAGGCAGCCCCCUCUCUCACUGUGUCCCACAAGCGUCUCCCAGCUAGUUAGCGGUUUUGAAGAUUCAAGCCCUCGCAGUGGUCAGGGUUUAAGAUCUGUGUGUGAGAGUUUCAGGGAGUCAGCAAGGUGCUGCUUGCAGGGCCGUGUCGGGGGAGGAGGAGGGGAAAGAGGCCACGGAGACACAAGACCUUGACAUUGAGGACCCAGGAUUUUAGUGAGGGUGGGAAGGAAAGAAUGAAGAGAAGAGUUGUUCUGAAAAGAUCAGGGCUCGGUGGGCACCUGGUGCACGGGGUCGGGGGGCAUUUCACUUUCUGUGCAGGACGUCCACAUUCCAUUUUGGAAUGCUUGGUUCGAGUCCCGGCUUCGCUCCCAAUCCCAGCUGUCUGCUACUGCACACCCUGGGAAGGAGCAGGUGAUGACUCAGGCACAGGGGGUCCCUGCCACCCACAUGAGAGACCUGCGCUGCGUUCCAGGCCCCUGGCUUUGGCUGGCUGUGUGGGCAUUCGGGGGAGUGAACCUGCAGGUGGGAGAUCGCUGUCUGUGUCUCUGCCUUUCAAGCAAAAUACAAAUAAAUCUAUCUUUGCAAUGCCACCUGGAAGCAUGCUAACGGUGGAGACCCCCUGAGUGGGGAGAGGCAGCCCUGGAUUCUCAGCAUUGGAGAGCCCAGGCCCUGCCCCUGCCCUCCCCCUGGCUGGGACGGGGACACUGCCCAUCUUUGAUCACUGCCUUUUCACAGACAGAACUCAACACACAAGGCUCUUUCGGCUCUAGAAACGUGAGGGCCUCUCAAAGAUCUCACGGAAAAAUGGAAUUAAAAGAUAAUAUGAAUGGUCUAUGAAUUUUUGGAAGCCCCUUCGUACACAUUCAUGAAGCUGGAAUAAUAACAUAUGGUCACUAGAAACCCUUCUUUCAAAAAUACCUACUAAUUUAGCGAAGCAAUGUUAAAUAAGAAUGUAGGAAAAUCUGUUUUGAGGAGAACUAUGUAUAAAAUGUCAACACAAAAAUGUUAACAGUGACUGUCUCCAGAUGAUGAAAUUGUGACUAUUUUUAUAUUUUUUGUGUUUUUCCUGUUUACUACAAUGCUUAUUCUUUUUUUAAUAAUAAAACUACAGCAUGAUGAAUUCAAGAGGUCUGGGGCAUGCUAUGUUUCUGAGAAUUAUUGAGCUAUUGACUUGAUCUGCUCAUCUUGUCUUUAUCAGUGGUGUGGAUGAUGCAGUUGGUCCUACUGUUGAUAACACAGUUACUGAGGCCUUGCUGUCUCCGAGGCACUGAGCUGCUGUUAGAGAGCUGGGCGCAGACCAGCCUUGAUUUUCAUUAUAAGGACCAUGUGAAGACUUAAACAAGCAUGUGAGAAGUCACACCUUGAGACCCAGCCAUGGCUUCAGGGAAAAGUUAAAAGAAAGCCAGUGUUGGCCCAGUGUGGGCGCAGAAGAGGAUUUUGAACAAAGAUGGAAACUCAGGGUCAAAAAGUGAAAAUGGUGCUGGCCACCAUGACGACCUGAUUCCAAGCUUCCCACAGUGA